AUGGCUGAGGCUGCAAUUGGUCGGCGGAUGCUUGGCGAAAUCGAGGAGACGAGCCUUGAUGAGGUAUGGCGUUUCCACUUUGUUCAAUUAUCCUACUGUUUGGGGCUUGGAAAUCAGCGUGUGAGAUGGGCGUUGCGUGGAUCUCACGAGGAGUCAACCAUGCAAGUCCUUAUCGCCGAUAAGCGUUGGCGUCCCCAAUGUCGUCCGUCCGCAUCAGAUACUCCAACGGCUCAGCCCAAUCACCCGAGCAUCACUCAGACUCCUGGCCACGAGAUCGCUGAUCCCCAGGGCACGCAGAUCUUGUCAAUUUUCCGCACAAGCCUUAAUUCAACGUCACUCGAUCAAGGUGACUCUUCCCCGACGGCGCGAAUACCAGCGGCAAGAGGCAGUCUUGUUGGACCACCGGGCCCAUCUAGCUCCAAGGUCAAGAGUUACCCUAUCCAGGAUCUCGACAGGCUGGUCGUGCAGCAUUUCAGGGCGACCCAGUCCGGUCCUCUGUCCCUGUCCGGCAGACACUUGCCUCUGAUAUAUCUACUGGUCGCUACCCUCAUCGCCGCUCCUCACAACAAAGCUGUCGUUAUUAUCGACAUCGACGCCAAGUUCGACAUCACGCGGGUUACACAAUGCGCCCCUCACCAGGCAGUUCCGGUCCCGGCGGGGACGGACGCCGCUGAAGACAAUGGUCACACCACGGGGCAACAGGAGAAUGCGAACCAAGCAUUUCAAAGCGGCACAGACGCUCAACCCGCGACUCCACCAACCCGGCAAGUCACAGCAGAGGAUCUCAAGCAUGUCCACGUCUACCGCCCGGCCCGCGGCUCAACAUCUCACAUUCGCGAGGUUUUGUCAGCCGCCGAGCACCACAUGAUAUACUCUAGACACGCCUCCAUCGCCCGCGAAUGGUGGGGAUCGAUCAUCAUCGGCGGCGGCAGUCCUGCGGUUCUCGGUCCUGAAGUCGCGAGUGUAACGACCGGGUGGAGGGGGUGGUUACGUGUCGAUCGCGAGGAGGUCCGAGGUUUUGGCCUGGGAAUGAGCAUUGAGGAGGCCUUGUUGGACAGAGAGAGGCGGCAGCGCGCGGUCAACGACGCCGGGUGGACGGCAAACUGCGUCUGGGGAGGCUUCACCUUCGACGGGUGA